AUGGGAUCAUAAGGAUCAAAGAAAGAGAUUAAAGGCGAUCUUGUAAUGAUAUUAGAAAAAAAGAACUAUUUUUGUGGCGAAGAAAUAAAAGGAAGUGUUUCCUAUUCUGUCUAGGAUUCUGAAAUUAAGGCUUAUGUUUAACUCAUAUGCGUGGCCGAGAGAUAUCUCAAGAAGAAGAUGCUAUAUUCGGAAUAAGUGUUUGAAAAUACUAUAAUGUUGAGUUAUCCAAAUGAAAUUGGGCAAUUUGAGAAAUACUUUUCUAUUUUGAGUCCUUAAUUACAGAGUAUGGAAUUGAAUACAUGGAAUUAAGAUGAAUAGAUAUACAUCAAAUAUUUUAUAAGAAGUUAUCUAAAUUUUUAAGAUCAUAAUGUAAAGGAUAAGCAAAAGAAAUUAUGCGAGGAACGAAUAUUCAUUAAGAGAACUUAUCAAAACAAGAUAGAAAAUAUAAUAAAAUAGCUUUCGUAUGUAACAAGAUAAUGGUUUUUAGGAGAUGAAUAAGUACUAUAAAUAUAAAAUAAUAAAUAGCAUAUUGAGUUCUGGUAUGACUUUGAAAAUAAAAAUUUUAGAUCGGGUGAAACGCUUUCCUUUUGGUUGGGAGUAGACAACAGGCGCACUACAAUUAAUAUUGAAAGCAUAAAGGCUUAAUUGGUUUUAGGAAUAUUAGAGCGCCAAGAUUAUUGGAAAAUAUUAUCCAGAAGGAUUUUAUCAUGUCCAGAAGAGAGAAUAAAAGUGCCAUUUGGGAUCUAAAAAAAUUUCUAAAUAAAUCUUAUAAUUCCCAACAAUUGUCCUACUGCAAACUUCUCUCAGAAAAUUAUUGUCUGCUAUCAUGUUGAAAUCGAAUUUAGGUUUGAGUAUUUGGGAUGUAGAAAGAAAUAAUACGUGGAAAGGAUAUUGGUAGAUGUAGUAAAUUGUGAUAAUUAAUGA